AUGGAGGCGGCAGCGGCGGCGUCCGCCGCGGCGUUAAACGCGAAGGAGGCAACUGCUGUGGCGGCCACUGCAGGGGAGGCUGCAGCGGCAGCCGCGGCGCAAGCUUCCAAGAAGCGCAAGUUCCAUUCUAUCAACGACCAAGAAGAUGAACCACCGGGGAGUGGAACCGUCGACGACCAAGAUCACAUCAGCCGCCUCCCCGACGCCGUCCUGGGCAGCAUCGUCUCUCUUCUCCCCACCAAGGAAGGCGCCCGCACCCAGGCCAUCUCUCGCCGGUGGCGCCCGCUCUGGCGCUCCGCUCCUCUCAACCUCGUGGUGGACUAUAAACUCGAGUGCAAGGGCCAGACGACCAUCGAGAUUAUCCGGAAGAUCCUCUCCGAGCAUCCUGGCCCCGCUCGCCGCUUCUCGUUCUGGCUCUUGGUCAGCGACUGUGCCGACGAGAUCGGAGGCUGGCUCGGUUCCCAAGCCCUGGACAACCUGCAGGAGCUGGAGAUCACCUACGGUCGCUUGGUCGCUGACAGGAAGACGGUGUACCUGCUGCCAUCGUCCACGUUCCGCUUCGCACCCACACUCCGCGUGGCCAAAUUCCACGAUUGCAAUUUCCCCAACUUUAUUGUGCCGGAGUUUCCAUGCCUCAAGCAGCUGACCCUGGAUAGGGUCACCAUCUCGGAGGACAUUCUCCAGGGCAUAAUAUCUGGCUGCUCUGCAUUGGAAAGCCUUGAGCUCAAGGGCAACCGCGGCAUUGCUCGCCUCUGCAUAUGCUCCCAAACUCUUAAGAGUUUAGGCUUUUGCGCUGACCGGAGGAACAGAGGCGUCUUCUUGCAAGAGUUGGUCAUCGAGGAUGCUCCUCUCCUUGAGAGAUUGCUACCACUCGAUCCAAAGUAUGGCCCCCCGACCAUAUGGAUAAUCUCGGCACCUAAACUGAAGAUAUUGGGUAUGCUCUCAGAAGACAUAGCAGAACUUCACUUUGGAACCAUGGUUUUUCAGAAAAUGAUUGCUGUCAGCUUGACAACCAAAGUCCACACCAUGAGGGUUUUGGUUCUUGACUCUGUUGGCCCAAAUCUGGAUACAGUGAUUAACUUCAUCAAGUGCUUCCCCCAUUUGGAGAGGCUGUAUGUCAUUUUCCAACCACUCUCACGCCCAUGGAUGGUUAUGAACAAUGCCCGGAAGUAUGACCCCCUGGACCCAAUUGAAUGCCUUGAGCUCCAUCUUCAAAAAGUGGUGCUAAAGAAUUAUGAUGGCACCAAGAGUCCAUCUAUUGACUUCGCCAAUUUCUUUGUGUUGAAUGCGAAAGUACUAAAGGAAAUGAAAAUCACAUUGCCUUACCAGCGCCAGCACAAAUGGUUUGCUGAUCAGCAUGGGAUGCUACGAAUCAAAGAUAGAGCUUCUCGAGAUGCUCAAAUUGAACUGGAAUAUGGUUCUAAGGUUGACUUCACACACAACAAGAAUACCCAUGAUUUGUCAAUGGAUGAUCCCUUUGACAUGCCCUCCAGCGGAUGCUACAAGUGUAGUUGA